AUGUUCAAUAGCCCUCCAGAAAAGCCACCCAGAACACUUCGUUAUGUAGAGGAGGCUUUUAGGAUCAUUAAAGAAAAGAAGAAUGUACGAGAUAUUGUUAUAACCAACGAGCUUGGUCAUCCUGUAAAGAGUACAAUGGUAUAUGAUGACUCUGUGAAAUUUGUUGGACUCUUUCAAGCGCUGAGAGGAAGACUGGAGCGCGGGAUGCAUGAAAUUGAUCCUGGCGAUGAAUUACUAAUGAUGAGAGUGCGUACCAAAACACACGAAGUGCUCCUAACGCCUGAUAGCAAAAUAACGGUCAUUGUAGUUCAAAAUGCUGGUGAUGAUUUUGAGUAUUUAAAGUAACGUGAAAGACAAAUUUAAUUAUAUUGUUAGUUGUAACGUUCCUGAUCAUCUAUAU